UGUAAAAUUUGUUGAUACUCCACAACCUCCAGCUACGAGUAACACUGACUAUUUCAAACGUCUCAAACAAGAUCUUAACAGAAGUGAUUCCGAGUCAGAAGAGGGUUGCAUGAAAAUCUUCUCAGUUAAGUGGUUAAAUGAGCCAUGUUUUUUGCACCCGAUAGUUGAACGUGCAAGUUUAAAGAUGGAAGUCGAUUGUGGUUCGGGUGUAAGCGUGAUAGAUGAGCAGGAUUACAGAGACAAGUUCGAUUAUUUGUCCUUGGAACCAUACAACAACAGACUAAUAGUAGUAGAUGGCGCCAAUUUGGAAGUGUUGGGAUGUGUGAGAGUUUCUGUAACGGUGAACGGAAUGCGUGAGCGAGGUCUAGAGCUGGUGGUCCUGAAGAAUAUUAAGCGCUCACGUAGGAUUGUCCCGCUUUUUGGAAGGAAAUGGCUAGAUGUGUUUUUCCCGGCAUGGCGUAGAACAUUUUCAAGCGAGUUGGUUGGUCAUGUUUCGGAUAGAACAAUCGAAACCACGGUGGACGAAGUGAAGCAUUUCGCUGGGCGGCCGUCUACUUUCGGCCCAUAGACAACAGUUGCGCCUAGUUGAAGAAACCCUCCAACGAAGUACAAAUGUUUAUUUCGAUCGAAAUUCUACAGUUGACUCAGCAAGCACCACCAACCAGC